GAAAUUAAACCAAAUAUGAUAAUAGAAAUGAAUCCAGAAUCAACAUUUUGUCAAUCUGAAAUACAAAAUGGAGAUAUAAUUUGCUUCCAAAAAGCUUUAACAGGAAAAGAGAUUAAAGAACUAUUUAUUACAGUUGAACUAUUGUCCAAUGUAAAGAGUGAAAUAUAA